AUCCUAUUACAAAGAUGACAUCCUCCUGUGGUGUAGCUUAAGUCUGCAAACCCCAAGGAGAGAAAGGACAGAAGGGAACAGUGAUCCCAUCUCAGGCUAAAGCCACCAGGUAAGAUCAUGACAUCUAAAAUUGAUGAUCCUCCACCUUACGAGGAUGCACUGCACCAUCCUAAGUAUGGAAACUACCCCCACCAGCUACAACAUGGCUCCCCUCUUCCACCACCUCCAUCUUACAGCCCCAGUCCAGACAUGUGCCCCGGCCCGCCUGGCUACUUGGGCCAGGAGGGCAGCUACCCGCAGGCUGGGGUGUGGGCAGCCCCUGGCUUCUCUCCAUCUCGGAUGCCCACUACAAUACCAACUCUGUCUGCUGGAGUGCAUGCAUCCAACCAAGGAGACAUGGAUGAUUUUCUGAGCACCCAGUGGGAGAGCACAUCUAUUCGGCAUGCCUUCAUUAGAAAGGUUUACAUAAUUUUAACAGCACAGCUUGCCGUCACCUUUUCAGUUGUUGCUGUCUUUACAUUUGUUGACCCAGUAAGGCUGUUUGUCAUCAGAUAUCCUGCCAUCUACUGGGCAUCUUUUGUGGUUUAUUUUGUGGUGUACUGCAUUCUCGUCUGCUGCAAAGAGGCGAGGAGGCGUUUCCCAUGGAAUGUUGUGCUGCUGGGAAUAUUUACUCUCGCCUUGUCUUACAUGUCUGGAACAAUAUCGAGCUAUUAUGAAACAAAGGCAGUGUUUCUCGCCAUGGGAAUAACAGCAUUAGUUUGUAUCGCUGUCACAAUCUUCUGCUUCCAAACAAAGGUGGACUUCACCUCCUGCGGGGGACUUCUCUGCAUUGCUUCCGUUAUGCUCAUGAUCAUCGGGAUUGUUACUGCAGUCGUCCUGUCUUUCCAAUAUGUCCCUUGGCUGCAUAUGCUCUAUGCCGCAAUUGGAGCCGUCAUUUACACCCUGUUUUUAGUAUACAACACCCAACUUCUUAUUGGAAAUCGGGAGUUGGCCAUCAGCCCAGAGGAGUACAUCUACGGAGCUCUCUCUCUCUACAUUGACAUUGUUCACAUCUUCCUCUUCAUCCUUCAAGUCGGUGGAGCUGCGACUGAAUGAGCACGUGGUUAGAGCACAUCCUGUUAACCUAAUGCUACAUGUACACAAGUGUGUCAGUUAGGAUGUUUUAUUACCAGCUAUCAAUGUUUAAAGUCCAAACUAUUCAUUUAAAUGUAUAAAAGUUUAUUUUUUACGUCUGUAACACUAGAGCACUUUGAUUUAUGAAUAAGUAAGGCAGUGAAUUCAGUCUUUUACUCACCCAUCUGUGAAUGAGGAGAGAAACUUACAUUGUUACUUAAUAUUGUGUCUUCCUUUAUGAUUGAGCAAGUGGUAUUUUAGUAGAUCACGAAUGUGUCAUGCAGCCAUGAUUGAUUACAU